AUAGUGAAUGUUCUUGCACACGAGCAAACAUUUAAUUGUUGCAUUUUUCUUGUUUAAAGGAGACAAUGUCAACAGCUCUCGUGCAUAGCCAACUUAGAUAGUAUCAACGUGUGCAUAGACAUCCACGGGAUUUUUUUAUUUUAACUUUAUUGGAUAGUGGGCUGCAGAGCUGGUCCAGGGGAGACAUUGCAGAAACAAUGCUGACAGAGUGUUUAGAUCGAGAUCCAAAUUGAAUCAAAAGUUAGCUGAUAGAAGAAGCGUUUGAGAUUCCUUGUCUCAAAUAUGUAGCAGAUGCCUACUGCUGCAUAGCAAAUGCUAGAAGCAUUCAACAAUUAGGCCUCUUUCCUCAAGAAGAGAAUGGCUGCCCAAACUUUUCACCACACUCGCUCUAACAGCUUCCCUCUUCCAACUAGACCAAGCCCACUUGUUUCACAGAUUGAUGAGCAUCUGAACAGAUUAAAGGCUUCUGAUGCUACAUCGACCUCAUCAUCAAUAAGCCAUAAACUAAAUGGUCUGCAGGAUUUGUAUGACAGUGUUGAUAAGUUGCUCCAGCUGCCCUUUUCCCAAGCUUUAGUACAAGAACAAAACAAGGAAUGGGUUAAUGAGUUGUUGGAUGGAUAUCUUAGGCUCUUGGACCUGUGCAGCACUGCUAAGGAUUUUGUGCUGCAAACAAAAGAAAAUGCACAUGAAAUUCAAUCAGUUCUGUGUAGAAGACGAAGUGGUGAUUUUGAGCUUGUCGGUGAGGUGCGGAGGUUCUUCAUCUCCAGGAAAGUUUUGCAAAAGACUAUCCACAAGGCAUUGAGAAAUUUGAAGGUCCUGGAAACAAAACGGGUUUUCUCUCCUUCAGAUGAUCAUGAGACCACGGCCAUGGUGAGCAUGCUAAGGGAGGUUGAACAAGUCACUUCUUCCACGUUUGAGUACUUGUUGUCCCUGAUCUCAGGGCCAAAGGAACGAUCAAAGCCUGGCAGCUGGUUAGUUUCCAAAGUGUUGCACCACAAACGAACAGCAUGUGCGCAAGCAGGAAGAGAUAUUAAUGAAUUUGAAAAGGUUGAUGCCUCUUUAAGAUUACUCGUGAAUCAGAAGAUGAGUAAAUCAGAGAACAUCAUCAAUGUUGAGAUGCAAAACCAGCUAAAAGACUUCAAGGUUGAUGCCUCUUCAGGUGUAUGAUCAAAGCUAGAGUCUCUCUUCUCAACAUA